AGCUCUGGCUCCAACAAGCUGUGUGACCUUGGGGUUACGCAUUUUCGUCUGAGACAUGGAAGACGACGACGGACGGUGUCGUCAGGGCCUGACAGCGCUGAGAUGUCUUUGAGGACACGUUCAUUAACAUCUGUUGGUUAGGGAGAAAUGUUUGCCACCCAUGGGAAACUGUUACAACAGCUGCAAUGCAGAAAUACCCAAACCCUAUGAACCCAAGUGUGGUUGGAGUUGAUGUAUUGGACAGACACGUAGAUCUCUCUGGAAAGUUGCACAGCCAUAGACUUCUCAGCACAGAGUGGGGACUGCCUUCCAUUGUGAAAUCUCUUAUUGGUGCAGCAAGAACCAAAACAUAUGUGCAAGAACAUUCUGUAGUGGAUCCCGUAGAGAAAACAAUGGAACUUAAAUCUACUAAUAUUUCAUUUACAAAUAUGGUUUCAGUAGAUGAGAGACUUAUAUACAAACCACAUCCUCAAGACCCAGAAAAAACUGUUUUGACUCAAGAAGCCAUAAUUACCGUGAAAGGGGUCAGUCUCGGCAGUUACCUCGAAGGACUCAUGGCAAGCACGAUAUCGUCAAACGCCAAUAAGGGCCGAGAAGCAAUGGAGUGGGUAAUACAUAAAUUAAAUGCUGAAAUCGAGGAAUUGACGGCUUCGGCAAGAGGGAGCCUAAGGACACCAAUGGCGGCAGCAGCAUUUGUGGAGAAAUGAUCGUGGAAGUUGAUAACACCCAGUGCCCCAGGUCUCUACAAGCUGGCAGUAUAUUUAUUUGUUAUUUAAAAAAUACAACUAUAUUUUCGGUAGAAUUGUUUUUUUAAUAAGCUGAAGGACUAUGUGACUUGAUCAAAACAAAGAGGUGCAGGGUUUCCAAAUAAAAGGGAUUGGCUCAAAUUAGUGUUGUCUGAAAUGACUGUCUGAUUUUGAGGAUUCCAGUAUUUAUGUAAAAAUUUAACAAUUUUUGAAAAGUACUUGAAAAUUGGUAUUGGCUGAUUAAACCUCCUUAAGGUAGAGUUUUAAAGCUUUUCACGCAUUGGAACUCUACCUGUCUUUGGACCAACCCCAGAACCAAGCAGAGCCACCUCUUACAUACCCACCACUGCCCUGCAAUAAACUUGGAGAACUUGCAUGAGGGAACUCACUUUUAAAGGAGAAACUGUAUAGUUUUAAAAAGACAUUAAUUGUAUAAAAUAAAUUGCUCUGCUAUAAACCACCAUUAAAAAUCACAAUGUUUUAAUUUGGUACUCAACAUUUUUGGAGUAAAAAUUAUCACGAAAGUAAUAAAUGACUCCAACAAAAAUAUAUUUUAUUGUGUUAAAGAGUACUGUAUUGAUUUGCCAAAGUUUUGUAACUUAGUAAAUGUAUUACCUUCCUUGGAUCUGUACUUUAUGACUUAGUAUGCUGUGUCGUGGGCUGGUUAUGUUAACUGAAAAAAUAAAGUCACUACCAGAAUUUUGCAGCACUCUAAACUUAAACAGAAGAACAGCUGUUCACAUCUUUUAGCAUUUCACAUUUGCCUAACUUAUAAAUUGCCAUGUGUCAAAAUUGUGGUUCUGUAAUUGCUAAAGCAUGAUAUGUCGGGUUAUUUGAAUAUAAUUCCUUUUUGAAGUAAUUGUGACCACAAAACAUCUUUUUUACGUGAAGAGCUGUACAUCAUGUGAAAUUACUCGAAUGAUGUCUUGAUCUGAAGCAUAAAUCCCAGGGACUUAAUGUUUUUAAUAAUACUGUGUCACUGCGGGGGAUGGGAGCGGUGGAAAAGAAAAAAGAAUAAUAGGGCGGAAAAAAAAAAGCAUUGACCUAAACUAACCAGUAUGUGAAUCGCUUUGCAGCCUUUAUUUAUGGGAAAUCCUUGCUUUGGAUGCCAGUGGGCAGCUGCAAUCUGAAAAACAAUCCAGUAAAUGUUGUUUUGUUUUGUAUUUUGUAGCAGGCAAUUAACUAUCAACCACUAAAUAAGAAUAUCUUUGAUACUGGGAAUUGUUGCAUACAGAACAUUUUUGUUAAAAGGUGAUGAGCUCUUGCCUUUAUUUCACAGUACUUAAAGUGAUAAACUUCUAGUCAGGUUUCCUAUAAAAGAAACCAAUUAAUAUAUGUACCUAAACCACAAAAAUAGUAUACCAAACUAUUUGAAAAUUAUUGUUUUUCUAUUUAAAAUAUCGUUUAGCUUGCGACUUCUUAGGACAUUUGUAAAAGCAAGUUAAAGCCAAUAAGGCUUUUGAUUAUUUUUUGUAACCGGAGAUGGUUUUUACAAUUAAAAUAACAUUUCAACUAAACAAACCAUUGCUAAACAAUGAUAUUUAAUAAUAAGUUGCCUUGUAUAAUUUCUGAAAAUUAUACUUGUUCUGAAAAGUAUAAGAAUACCCUAAUGAUAAAAAGAUUUCUAAACAAAAUUUUAUCCUGUUUGAUUUUUUUUACUCUUAUCUAAUGACAAAAUUCUAUAGAUUUUCAUCUUCCAGUGUAGUUACUUUUCGUUAAGUAGCUCGUAGGUAAUGGCUUUUACCUGUUAUUUAUAUUUUAAUAACAUAGCAGGCAUUCGAGAGGACUAAACUGGAGUAGAGUGUUCAUGGGUUAGAAUUAGACUCUCGGACUAUGGAGCAUAUUAUCCUGUUUAAUGUUAAAGAUGGAUCUUAUAUGAGCUAAGAAAAACCUUCCUGUUAAUAAAAAUUUCCUUUUAACUA